GAAGGAAGGUGGACAUGUGAAACAUCUCAGAGGUCACGACCCUUCACAUGAAGGUCACGCUUGGUUGAUCUGUGUGUGAAUGCAGGUGUGUGUUAUGUCAUCAGGCGGUGUGUGUCAGUUAUGGAUCAGUAUGUGUGAUAGCGAGGACAUGUGAAGCGUCCAGACGCUCUAAAGACACGAGGCAUCGAAUCACAGGCUGUAAAAAUAGCAGCAUGUUCACGCAGACGUCUAAAAACAGAAGAGCUGUAAACAAGCAGCUGAACCUGGAGAGAAACACAGAGGAGCUGCUACCAGACGCAGCAUCAUGAAGGCAGAGCGGAUCGGCGUGGACAUUCCCGUCUAUGACCUCUCUCUGAUCCGAGGCCUGUGGGAGGGACGUGUGAAGAAAUACAAGCAGCGGCAGAAGAAGGAGGAAGAGCGGAUCAGUAAAAGUGCUCUGGCCAAGGUGGAGCAGCAGUGGCAGUAUCGCAUUGCAUGCAGAAAGCUGAAGAGCGCUGAGGUCACAGCGCUGCAGUGUUAUCUGGAGAGAUCAGCGCUCAGUGAAGCACACCUCCUGCCCAACGAUGACAAGGACAAUGAUGCAGACAACAAGAAGUUCAUUUUCGAGCUGAAUGGGAAAAAAUGGAUGAAAUUGCCUGAAGAUCUUCAGUACAUGACUUAUCUCAAGGAAUGGCACAUCCACGGGACCAGGAUUCCCGAGAUUCCCACUUACAUCGAGGCCUUUGUGGAUCUGCAUGUGCUGGACGUUCCCAAAAAUGGACUGACUAAGCUUCCUGCUGAGAUAGGGAAGCUGAUCAACCUGAGGGAAUUAAAUGUGAAUUAUAAUAAACUGUUAAGCAUUCCACCUGAACUUGGAGAAUGUGGGAAUCUGGAACGAUUAGAGAUGACAGCAAACGGAAAGCUGGCCGAGCUUCCCUUUGAGUUGAGUAAUCUAAAGAAAUUGACGCACUUGGACGUGGCAGAGAAUCAGUUUGCCGGUAUUCCUGUCUGUGUGCUCCGCAUGGAAAGCCUGAAGUGUCUGGACAUCAGCAACAACAGACUCAAAGACCUGCCGGAGGAUAUCGACAGACUCGAGUCAUUAGAGAUGCUGUUCCUUCACAAAAACAACGUGCGAUACGUGCCGAUGACCAUGACGAACCUCAUCCAUCUGAAGAUGCUGGUCAUCAGCGCAGACGAACUGUACAGCAUCCCGUCGCAAUUAGUCGACAAUCCUAACAUCAAAUUAAUCCGAUUAUAUGACAAUCCAAUAAACACCAACAAUGAAGACAUGAACGAGAUGAACACAGACGCAGAUGCUCAGGACGAGCGUGACAAGGAGUUCAUUAAGACAUACAUCGAGACUCUUCAAGACAGAGACAUUCAGCCAUCGUACACCACUAAAGUCUCCCUCAGCUGCCUGCUGUAGAACCAGACGACUGUAAAUAUGACACAAUCAUCUGCUUCAGAAUGACACCGAUUGAUAGCAGUGUGUUUUAAAUGCGUCUCAUUCCGAGUUCAAACUGAAGAGCAGGUUACACUGGAUGAUAAGCUGUUAGUGUCUAAAGGGUUUGGGUUUACUAUUAUUAAAGAAAACUGCAGGCUUGAAGUUCACUAGUUAAAAUCUGAUCCCAAACCCAUUUUAAUUUGGUUUUCUGUGAAGAUUUCCAUCGUUUAGUUUGUUUGAUGUGACCAAACGUUUCACAGCAUGCUGUCUGCAAGUCGAUGUUUUAUAAGAUGUAUGAAAUGAGAAUUUAUUGUAAUUAAAUCAAUCAAAAUUCCAGUAAUAAAUAUGACAUGCAAACUGUUGCAUUUCUCUGUCGAUGGGAAAACAUAGAAAUCCAGUCAUGGCAUACGAAGUGGUUUAUUGAAACAUCACUGAACAAACAUCUCAGCAAACGAAUGCUUAAUGUGCAUCGAACGCAUCAAUAAAAUCUCAUCAGAAGGCAUCUACAAACCAGUCUUCAAGAAAUGGCUGCAUAGACAUGAAGAAUGGCACCUAGGGCAGAAACAUCAUUAAAAACAAAGUGCAGUUCAUUGGAAAACAGCUAGAAUGACAUUAGCUUAGUGGGGCUCAGACGUUCUACAGCACCGAUCGCAUAAAUAGAGUCAUCUACACUUCGGCUUUGACAUCAUUUUCAAGUAUGCAUCUUAAUCAGAAUUGGCAACUGAAACGCUUCCCGCUUAAAUACAUCAAACGUGCACGAUAAAGCAGAAAAGGUCAUGGAUUUAGGCUGUAAUUGCUGCAGUGUGUUACAUGAUAAAAUGCAAUCAAUCAGAAAAUCUGCUGCUAAGUGGGUCGUGAUGUUUGAGGAAACUAAAACUUAUUUUAGCAUGGAAAAAAUAAUUAUAUCAUUUAAAAUAUAUCAAAUAAAAUAACAUAAAAGUCAAAGAAUCUGCUCCGUGGCAAGUAAUGAUAAAUCUUUAAAGCUGCUUUAAGAAAAAAAAAAAAUGAUUCGGUAAUCUACAGGACAGCACAGAAACAUUGAAUGCCUUACAGGAAUAAUUCAGCCAAACAUUACAAUGUGCUAAAAAUGUGUUCACCCUCAGGAGGACUGUGUGUCUUCAUCAGGUUUGUAGAAAUGCAGCACUGCAUCAGUGUCUCAUCAAUGGAUGCUCUGCAGUGAAUGGGUGCCGUCAGAAUGAGAGUCAUCUUUCGUCUUCUCCAGAUGUUCACUGAUGGACUGGAGUGCUGUGGAUUAUUGUAAUGUUUUUAUCAGACUCUCAUUCUGACGGCACCCAUUCACUGCACUGACAAUGAUCAAGACAAUGAUUACAUCUGUUUUGUGCCACUUCUUGAUAAAAGAAAGACGCUGUGCUCUGGAUGUGUGUUUUUACGCUCUUAACUAACUUUAACACAAGAACAUUACUAUUACUGCAGUCUGUACAAGUGUUGUAACAGUUCUACAGUUACAUUGAUCCCAUUAGUCUUCUAUACAGGCAAUAUUUAAUCCUGUCACUAGGGGCACUCUAGCCAGUGAGAUGCCUGGUAACAUAAAAAAGAUCAGAGAACAAGUAUGAGGUAGGAAGGAUGUGUUAACCACAUGGCAAAACUUUCUCAAUGAUGCUUUCUUGUAUUUUUGGCCCUGAUUUGAGGAACCUAAGGUUCUUAAACUCAAGUGUAAGUACUCAUGUUAGUACUUUGGUUGUAUAUAUGAUGUUAGGGAAUGUUUAUGUAAAUGAGAUGGGUACAUUUGUUAAUGGUGUCACUAAGUUUGUUUGUUUGAUGCAGAGGGUUCAACGUGCAGGCAUUUGGAGGCAGCUCAAUUGUAACUAGGACCUUGAUCAAAAAGGGGAUUCAUUGUCUUCAGUUUGCCCACAACAUAUUUGUCGUCUAUUGUACAUUUUACAAGCUAGAAUUCGUAUGGUUCUAGGCAGAUGUGUCCUCCUCAACAAUGCACUUAAGUUCUGUUUCAUCUUGCUCCUAGUAUCCCUAAGACUAAGUUCAUGGUAGCUAAAGACGCCACUAUGAUAGUCUGGACUAUUGAAUGUCUCCCUUGCAACUGAAUAACUCUGCACAUUGUAGUAUUACUGACUGUAUGGUGAUUUGAGGUGUAAUACACAUGGCUCAUUGAAAAGCGAAGGUCUCUGGUCCCUUUAUUUCUAUAUGUAGCUUUACAAGUGUUGUUAAAAGCAGGUGUUACAGUGUAGCGCAGAGGUUAAAGUUCAUCAGGACUAGGGUUUACAUUCAGAUACAUGGCAGCACAUGAACUCCACUGCAAAACGAUUGGUUUUUCUUAGUAUUUCUGUCUGGUUUUCUAGUACAAAUGUCUAAAGAUUAUUUGCCUUGAAGCAAGAUGUGUUUGGUCUUAUGUCUUAUUUUCUGAAAAAAAAUGCAUCAAAAUUAAGUUUGUUUUUUCUA